UGUCUCAUGUUAUAUGUCAAAGGCUGAGUGCCGUGGAGAAAACAGUCAGUCCUCUGCUUUUAGGUGUCUGCUUGAGCUGUUAGCUGCCACACUGCUAAAAGGGAGCAAGUACGCAGUGAACAUGGCCGACACCUGUCAGAAAUGGCAUUAUGGAAGGGCAGUUGAGAAGACCAUAUCUCUCAAAAACAUUUAUGACCCUAAGCCUGUUGCCAAAGCUCCUGUCAAGAUACGGCCUCCACCUCCCAGAGCACCCAAAACCAAACCUCAAGCGGCCAAACCUGAGCCAACCAUAGAACCGCCUGCUAAACCCAUAAUGAGGAGACGGGCCAAGUCACUGUCGUUUGUACCUUCAGACAGGACCUCCCACAAGAGCUCACAGGUACGUUUUGUGGAUGCUCUGGGGCUUGAGUUAGAAGAGGUCAAAGUGUUCAAAGUUCAGGAGCACCCUCAUAUCCCACAUCACGUCAUGUUCAGACUAUUGAUGAGUUCAGAAAUGGCUUUUAGGAGAUCGUCUGAGCUGUCCUUGCCUUAUUUUAAGCCAUGUUUCCCAGAGGAUUUCACAUCCCAACCUGACUUCAUUGGACGUUUGUGUAGUCAAUGUGUUUGCCUUGAAACUGUCAGCUGCUCAGAUCAAGGAAUUACGGGGACAAUUUGUGUCCUCAACUUAGCCUUUGAAAAACAUGUGUCAGUGCAUUACUCCUUUACAAACUGGAGGACACACACAAAUACUACAGCAUCCUGGGUAUCGAGUGGUGGCAAUUGGGAUGCCAGUGCUCCGGGAAUUGAUAUUUUCCGAUUUCGAUUGCCUGUGCCACCAUUUAUUCUGGAGCCUGGAGCCAUUUUGGAAUUUGCCAUCUGCUACGCUGUGAAUGGAAUCAGUUACUGGGACAAUAACAACGGGCAGAAUUACAAAUUGUCAUGCCAUAGCUACAAAGUGACUGUGCCCAAGGAGUGUGAGGACAGCAUGCUGCAUUUUCUUAGCUGACCCUUAGAGGGAGCCAAAUAUAAAAUAACAAAUCAAUUUGAACACUAUUUUACUAAGAAGGCCUGUCGGU